CCGGGGAAGAUGGUGUCACAGUCUUCCGGCCGGCAGGAUUCUCCCUUGGAAGGGGUCAGCAAUGACUCUGGUGACAUUGAUGGGUCCCCCGGCCGCCUGGACACUGACGACCCCCCUUGCCAACCCGACGUCAAGUUCACAAGGCACGGGGCUGCCUGGAUUAACCCCCAGAGUGUGCAGCUGCAGGGUGUGCCCCGCCAGGUGCCAACAGCGGGGAACAGCAGCAGCCGCUCUGUGAGGGGUGCUGCCUCUCCCUUGGGCACAUCCGCUUGGCCGCUUGAGAACUCCGCGAGGGGCACAUCACCGUGGAAGGACGCCGUGGGCUCCGUGGGCGGCCCGGGCGAACAGGGCAGUGGAUCUGCUUGUAUCUCAGCGCAAGAGCCAGCCGUGCUCCCAGGACGCUGUCCAUGGGUGUCUCUGUGCCCAGGCUCCAAGAGACCGGCUGCUCCCCCGCGGCCUGAGGCUGACGGCGCUUGUCUCGAGCCUCCUCGCCUGAGAGCCCCCACCGAUGAAGGUGCUGUUCCGGUCAGUGGGAGAAGCGGUUCCUUCAACUGCUUCUCUCCAGAAGCAUUAGUACUCCCUGCGGAUAUAGAAAAGGAAAACGCGCACUUCCACGCCGCCGACAUGAUCAUCUCCGCCAUGGAGACGGUGAAGUGGGACCUCCUGAGUGGGCAGCACGCGGAGACCUGCAGCCUAGACGAGGCCGGCCGGUCGCCUGGGAAUGAUCGCGGCGACUCCGAAGGGACCUUCUGUUCCCACAGGGAGCAGGAGUCGGGGUCUUCCGCUUCCUCGGACAGCGGCUACGAAGGCUGCGCUGUGUUGCAGGUCAGCCCCGUGGCGAAGGCGCCUGCUCCCUGCGAUGCGGAGCGGGAGACCUGCAGACGUGACUUUGAUGACUUUGUAUAUGUUGGACUUGCAGAGUUUAGCGACCCCGCCGAAACCCGCGGAUGUUCCCGCCCCUCCUCUCCGAGUGUAAUGUACGAGCCCAACUUUAAUUCGGCUGAGCUAAUAGCCAAAGGACUGUACCAAGUGUUCCGGAGGUGCUGGGUGUUGUCAGACAUUAAUCGUCAGCUGGCCCUGUCCCUGAAUGCAGCCGGCUCGAUAGUUGUGAAUGAAGAGCAUGUCGGAGAAGACUUUGAAUCCAGCGUGGAUUUCGCAGAGGACCUGAAACUGACGCCGAGGAUCAGCGGGACCGAAGACUGGGCACCCCCGCGAUUUCAAGUCAUCUUUAAGGUCCACCCGCCACCCAAGAGGGAUCUCGUGGUCGCGGCCCAGAAUUUUUUCUGCGCUGGCUGUGGAACUUCAGUAGAACCUAAGUUUGUGAAGCGGCUGAGGUACUGCGAAUACCUGGGCAAGUACUUCUGCGACUGCUGCCACUCCUACGCCGAGUCCUGCAUCCCCGGCCGCAUCCUCACCAGGUGGGACUUCAGGAAGUACUACGUCAGCAACUUCUCCAAGCAGCUGCUGGACAGCAUAUGGCACCAGCCCCUUUUCAACGUGCUCAACGUCAGCCGCAGCCUGUGCCCCAAGGCCAAGAAGCUGGACGCCGUCAGGGAAAUCCAGGAGCAGCUAUUUCAUAUCAAGAAGCUAUUGAAGACCUGCCGAUUUGCUGAAAGUGCAUUGAAGGCAUUUGAACAGGCGCCCAGGCACCUGUCGGAGGAGCUCCACCUGUUCUCCCUGGAGGACCUGGUCAAGGUCAAGAAAGGGCUGCUGGCACCCUCGCUCAAGGACAUUCUGAAAGCCUCCCUCGCCCACGUGGCCAGCUGUGAGCUGUGUCAAGGAAAGGGCUUCAUCUGCGAGUUCUGCCAGAGCAGGGCCGUCAUCUUCCCGUUCCAGACCGCCACGUGCCAGAGAUGCACAGAGUGCAGGGCUUGCUUUCACAAGCAGUGUUUCCAGGCCUCCCAGUGCCCCCGGUGCGCCAGGAUCGCGGCCCGGAGACGGCUUUCGGAGAGCUUGCCCUCGGCAGCGACGUGAGGCCCGGAG